AUGUCCACCUUUAAGUUUCCGAGCUCUGAAGAGAUCAUCGACGAGGACUGGUGUAUUCGGGACCGGUUGCCCCGGCACUGCGGUGGCUGGGAGCGACCGUACUCGGCCCCAUUCGGAAAGCUUCUCGAACACUGGCAGGCCCGUGAUAAGGGAUACAUCGGGAAGAAAGAGACUUAUCCCCGGGCCCAGGAUGUCCGAUUCUUCGAACCGACGGAUCCUUCUUUCUGGCCUAUCGUGAUUGUGUCGUCCGAGAACGUGCUGCCGGAGUCGAUCGACGACACGUUGAAGAAGUUCUCGCUAUUCGUAGUGGAAGAAAUAGAAACUCCACUCCCAGACCAGAAUAUUACAUGCAUGGGUGUGUACGUAAUGAAAGACAUGGAGAAGAAUUUGACCGUGAAAGGGUGGAAUAAAUUACCGGAAAAAACCAAGAAUGCCUGCAUCGAACUCGAAUUGCAACUGUCGUGGUUGCGCGAACACUCCAGUAGCGAAGAUGUAGCGCCGAUGAUAUUCAGCAAGGACACAAUACGCAAGAACUACGAUGGAGGGGUAUCCCAGCUUUCCUUGCUUGUCCUUGAGAGGAAAGAUUUCCGAGUCAAGCCGUGGGAGUCCUGGACUGUCCUUCAAAAGAGUCAAAAUCCCCAUUAA